UCUACCUCCUACAUCUCCCAAUUUUCCAUUUUGACUGGGCUCAAACUUCAAAUUCACCGCCAUAGAUUUGUUCUUCUUUAACUUUGUGUUGCUCUCUCUGCAACUCGCCACCGUCAACCCACGAACACUGGAUCGAAUGGGCGUGUUUCUGUUUCUUUCUUCGGGCGUUGAACUUAAACCCCCUUCUUUGAGGUGGGUUUAAUUGCUUUUGUUCCAUUCUUCUCCACAAUACAAUUUUUCUGCCCGUUGGAUUUCUGGGUUUUGUUCUCCGAGUUCCUGGGAUCAGGAGCUGAGUUCCUGAUGCGGCAGCGGAGAAUCCGUUGAAGAUGAGAGGACAUCCCCUGAGCCCCACGGAACCUAGACAUCGCUUGUCUUUUUCUUCCAACAGUGAAGAAACAAGCAAGAAAAGGUUCCAAAGAAUUAAAGAGAGGGCCCUCCACAUUCCCAUUCGCGACAGGAUUUUGAACUGCAAACCUUCGUUAAAACUCGUGCUGGUUAUUGUAGUAUUAGGAACAAUAGUGACAUUCUUCCAUUCUCCUGCUGUUCAUAUUUCAGAUCAUCCAUUAAAAUAUGGAUCUCGGUUUUAUAGCAGAUGGACAGGUAGUGAUGCUCAUUAUAUAUCCUUUUCGGAAGUCAACUGGGAUGAAGUUUCUGAUGUUGUAGAAUCACUUACUGACCGGGACAAAUAUCUGGGAAUUGGCUUGCUGAACUUUAAUGAUAGCGAGGUUGACCAUUGGAAACAACUCUUUCUGGAAGCGGAGCAUGUUGUUCUUCAACUAGACCAUGCAGCCAACGACUUAACAUGGGAAGCCCUAUACCCUGAAUGGAUUGAUGAGGAAGAAGAAUUCGAGGUCCCCUCUUGUCCUUCUUUACCUAAGCUUCAAAUUCCUACGAAACCCCGAAUAGAUCUUGUGGCCGUGAAGCUUCCAUGUGACAAGUCAGGUAGGUGGUCAAGAGACGUGGCUCGGUUGCACUUGCAACUCGAAACAGCAAGGGUUGCUGCAUCUGCUAAAGGGAAUCGUUUUGUACAUGUCCUUUUGGUGACCAAAUGCUUUCCUAUCCCAAAUCUCUUCCGAUGCAAAGAACUUAUCGCACAUGAAGGGAAUGUGUGGCUUUAUAGACCGGACUUGAAUGUCUUGAGGGACAAACUAAUGCUCCCCGUUGGAUCAUGUGAACUGUCAGUUCCUCUAAAGGCUAAAGAAUACUUUUACUCAGAAAGAGCGAAUAGAGAAGCAUAUGCAACAAUUUUGCACUCUGCACAUGUAUAUGUCUGUGGAGCUAUUGCGGCUGCUCAGAGUAUCCGAAUGACUGGUUCGACACGGGAUCUUGUAAUACUUGUUGAUGAAACAAUUACUGAGUACCACAGAGGAGGCCUCGAAGCAGCUGGUUGGAAGAUCUACACAAUUCAAAGAAUCAGGAACCCAAAGGCUGAACGGGAUGCAUACAAUGAAUGGAACUACAGCAAAUUCCGUCUUUGGCAGUUGACAAAUUAUGACAAGAUAAUUUUUAUAGAUGCCGACCUACUCAUUCUUAGAAAUAUUGAUUUCCUCUUCGAGAUGCCUGAGAUAACUGCAACAGGAAACAAUGCAACAUUAUUCAACUCAGGAGUUAUGGUGAUCGAACCAUCAAAUUGCACGUUUCAGCUGCUAAUGGAUCACAUCAACGAGAUCGAAUCUUACAAUGGCGGUGACCAGGGGUAUCUAAACGAAAUUUUCACGUGGUGGCAUCGCAUACCAAGGCACAUGAACUUCUUGAAGCACUUCUGGGAAGGUGAUGAGGAAGAGAAGAAGGAGAUGAAAACUCGUUUAUUCGGAGCCAACCCUCCAAUCCUCUAUGUCCUCCAUUAUCUCGGCAAUAAACCUUGGCUUUGCUUCCGGGACUACGACUGCAAUUGGAAUGUAGACCUUCUGCUGGAGUUUGCUAGCAAUGUUGCGCAUAAGAGAUGGUGGAAGGUGCACGAUGCCAUGCCCGAAAAUCUGCAGAAGUUCUGUUUGCUUCGAUCGAAGCAGAAGGCGCAAUUGGAGUGGGACCGAAGGCAGGCCGAGAAAGGAAACUACACGAAUGGUCACUGGAAAAUAAAGAUCAAGGACCCUCGAUUGAAAACAUGCUUUGAAGAUUUUUGCUUCUGGGAGAGUAUGUUGUGGCAUUGGGGUGAAACAAACUGGACAGACAAUUCUUCUGUUACUCCACCUCCUACUUCCACCACUACUACAGUGUCUCUCUCAUCCCUGUAAAACUUUUUGUUUUUGUUUUUACUUUUCCUUUGAAUUCAUUUAUCAUUGAGAUUAUACUAUGACAGUAGUUAGUAGUGAAAGUUACAUAUAAAGCAAGUGCUUCUUCUUGUUGCUGAAGCUCAGCUUCCUCUUCUGCCCGGACGGUUUACUUGGCUCUCCAUGAAAAAUGUAACUCAGAAAUAUAGGGGACUAUUUAAGUGUUGCUUUCAUUUCAGAAGCAAUUGCCUAUCUUCAAGAGCAAAUAAUUAGUAAAUAUGUAUAUUUUAA